UGUUCGAGCUCUAGAAACGGGCGAUGGAUCUCAGUGGUACAGUUCAAUGCUCUAGGCAGAACAACCCGUCUAGGCUUCUACACGCUAUGUGAUUGUUACAUUCUGCAUGUCAUGGCUCUUUCACCUUACCCCUCAUACGCUGUUGCGACUUCACCUCAAAUUUAUCUGCAUAUUCAUUAUCUUUUGGGAUACAUCGUGACCUAGAUCUUAGGAAACCCCAUAGAGCUACCUUCAAGAUGUCUGAAAACGACUUUGAAGAUGUUGACUGUGUUACUUUUGAUAAUGAUCCACGCACUUGGAUACUGAAGGAGAAAAUUCACGAGAACAAAUCUCAGCUUGAUAAGAUGGAGUUCGAUGGGCAACACGUUGCUUCUAAAUCUUGGGAAGUUUACAUUUGUAAAAACUCUGCUGACCCUUCGGAAGAAGCAAUCAUCAAAAUAUACAAGCAAAUUCCUUAUAUUGGAUCCGAGUUUACUCGACCGCAGGUAAGGCGGAGGCAAGCUCUGCCGAUUGACGGGCUCGCCAAAAAGGAACUCGACGCUCUCAGGACGUUUACAGAAAAAGGAUGCGCUUCAACUCCCAAGCUUCUGGGAUACAAAGAAGAGGUUCAAGGUCCGCAAGACAUCGUUCCUGGAGGGUUCAUCCUCUAUCUAUUGAUGGAAAGGUUGCCCGGUUCCUGCCUUGAUGAGUACGCCUUCUGGGACUUGGACGAAUCUGAACGCGCCAAGGUUCUAGAGAAAUUUAAGACUGCAUGGAUAGAUUGUUACAACGCCGGUCUCGUGCCUUCCAACGGCCUUGGCGAAACGAUCAUGUGGGAUCCUGCAGCAGAGAGAGUUUAUUUCACGGGAUUCAGUGACAGUUUCUCGUCGGAGGAAUCUCCGGAAGGAUGGAGUGAAAGGCAGUGGGACGAAUGGGACUUAUUCCAGCGACCUAGGCAACGUCAGAAACCGGUUCCUACUGGCGCAGAAACAGGAGAAUCUCUUCUAGCCUCCCGGAGUCGUGCUUCAAAUUCAAUGGUAGCACAUAUUUUUGACAUGUACACGGGCGCUUCUUCUCCUCGCUUCUCAUGAUAUCUCAUCAUCUUGGUCGUCUCCAGAGAACAAAGAUUGAAG